AAGCAAUAAAGCAUUACAAAGAGGCAAUCGAAAUAUAUGAAAAGCAUCUAUUUGAUGAGGAACAGUAUCAAUUCAAUGUGAUAAAAUGUUAUUCACAAUGUCACUCUAAUAUUGGGGAAAUUUCGCUAACAAAUGAUUAUGGUACAUCAACAGAAGAUUAUGAGAAAGCAAUAAAAAUAAUGGAAAGUGAUUCGUCUUUCUUUGAACACUGUUUUAUAGGUUUUUAUUAUCAUAUAAUUGCAGUAAGCUGUAGUAUAAAAUCUAACUAUGAUUUAAGCUUAAAAUAUUACAAAAAUUGUUUGGAUUUCUACGAAAUACAUGGAAAUACAAAUGUUGAAUGUAAUCAUAUAAAUGAUAUUUCGUCGUGUCUUAUUGGAUUGAGUGACGUAUACGUAAGAAAAGAAGAAUCUAAACUUGCUUCUGACACACUGGAAAAAGUUCGACGUAUGUCACCCGAGGGUAACCUUUUACUUGCCUACAACUAUUACACGCUGGGAUUAUCUUACAUGAAUAAAAAACAUGAUGAAAGGGCAAUUGAAACUUUCAAAACAUCUAUUGAAAUUUACGAAAAACAUCUGUGUGACACAGAUUCAUCUCAGUCUUCUGAUAGAGAUAAUUACAACUCGUGUCUUUCUACUCUUGCUGCAAUCUAUUUGAAUCAAAAUAAAGACGAUGAUGUUCUUCAUCUUAAAACGAGAGCAUUAACUACUGACAAAAAGACAUGUCAUUUAACAGAGAAAGAAAAAGAAGCAAAAUGGUAUUAUAAUCUCGGAUAUGCACUUGUAGCUACGAGUCCUGAUAAAGCACUUGAAUUUAUCAAUAAAUCAUUAGAAAUUCGACUAGAAAUUUUACCAGAAGAUCAUGCUACAAUUGGAUUUUGUCAUCAUGACAUUGGUCGGGCUUACCAGAACAAAUCUAUGUUUGAUGAAGCAAUAAAACAUUACAAAGAGUCAAUCGAAAUAUAUGAAAAGCAUUUGUUGGAUGAAGAAGAAUAUCAGUUCAAUAUAACAGAACGUUACAGACGAUGUCAUUCUAAUAUUGCUGAAAUUUAUACAAAGCAAGAUGAUUAUGAUAGUGCAUUUAAUUUCAAAAUGAAAGCAUUAACUAUUGACAAAAAGACAUGUCAUUUAACAGAGAAAAAAAAAGAAGGACAAUGUUAUUAUGAUCUUGGUUGCCAACUUGCAGCUACCAUUCCUGACAAAGCACUUGAAUUUAUCAAUAAAUCAUUAGAAAUUCGACUAGAAAUUUUACCAGAAGAUCAUGCUACAAUUGGAUUUUGUCAUCAUGACAUUGGUCGGGCUUACCAGAACAAAUCUAUGUUUGAUGAAGCAAUAAAACAUUACAAAGAGUCAAUCGAAAUAUAUGAAAAGCAUUUGUUGGAUGAAGAAGAAUAUCAGUUCAAUAUAACAGAACGUUACAGACGAUGUCAUUCUAAUAUUGCUGAAAUUUAUACAAAGCAAAAUAAUUAUGAUGAGAUAUUAUAUUUUAAAAUGAAAGCAUUAAGCAUUGACGAAAAGACAUGUUAUUUAACAGAGAAAGAAAAAGAAACACAAUGUUAUUAUGAUCUCGGAUAUACACUUGUAGCUACAAAUCCUGAUAAAGCACUUGAAUUUACCAAUAAAUCAUUAGAAAUUCGACUAGAAAUUUUACCAGAAGAUCAUGCUACAAUUGGAUUUUGUCAUCAAAAUAUUGGUGCUGCUUAUGAAAACAAAUCUAUGUACAAUGAAGCUAUUGAAUAUGCAAUUAAAUCACUUGAAAUUAGAGAUAAAAUCUUACCUUUGAUAUGUAUAGAAACAGCAGCAUCACACAGUACAUUAGCAUUAGUUUAUUCAAAACACCAAUUAGACCAAUCCGAAAAAUGUAAUGAACAUUGUGUGAAAGCUUUAGAAAUAUCUAAACAGAGCUAA